UUGAUUUCAGUAAAAACUAAGCAAGUUUUCUUCGUACGUUAAAAAAUUUAAAAGCCCAAAUUGUUGAAAUUAAUUCUGAGUUAAAAAAUUUUUAUUGGUGGAGUUGGUGGGCUUCGCUGGCUGGCAACAGCGCAGGCUCUGGAGACGUUCUCAGUCAAAUUCCAAUCCAGUCGUGACUGGUCGAGGUGGAACGAAAAAAAUCCUAAUUUCUUUAUAUUUCCCCCCUUAUAUAAUGCCCCAGGAAGUAUUCAAUAACAAAAAUAGAGAUAAUUCUCAUUGUUAAAGUAUUUGAAUCUGCUUUUCUUCAAGUUCAAGAUGAUGUAUUUUUGUCUUUUUACACUCGGUUUUUUCUUCAUCAAAAUGUGCUCAACUUCUGCAACGUUUCAAAAUACGAACGUUACUGAAAUAUUUGUGAAUGGGAAAAAUGGCUCCGAUAUCCCCAGCUGUGGCCAGAAACGACUUCCAUGUAAAACUGUGAGUUAUGCAAUUGGGAGGAUUUUGGAAGAGAACAGCACCAGUGGAGUUGUCAAUCUUUUCCCUGGAAUAUAUGAAGCUGAGUCUUUCAAGGUGGACUGCGGGACAAAUCAUCUUCAAAAACUUGUAAUACAAGGAAUUGGCACAAGUGAAAAAGUACAAGUAACACUGUCUACUGAUAUUAUUAAAUGUGAUAUUAUCUUUAAUAAUAUCCAAUGGACAAGCACAUCUCCAAGUCCAGUACUCCUAAAUCUUCUUAUUGCAAAUGUUUCUAUUGUGAAUUCAAUAGUUACAGACCUUCCAUUCAGUAUUAUUGGCCUUGGCUCAAGCAUUAAACUGUGGAAUGCUACAAUCUCAAAUUGUGUUGGGUAUCAACCACUUCUACCAUUGAUGUCGGCAUCAGGUCUUACAGGAUUCAAUAGCAACAUAAUAUUGAAUACAGCCACAUUUUCUUUUAACAAUGCACAACUGAUCUCAGCAAAAGAAAUCACUGCUAUCCACAUGGAAAAGUUGAAUUUUUUUUCUAACAAUGUCACUGUGGAACAAAUACUGAUUUUGAUUGACAGAUGUCAAUCAGUCCUAAGGGAUUCACAUUUUAUGAACAACUCGGGAAGUAUUAUAAAAAUGACACAGUCAACCAUGGCCAAUAUCACUGGGUCAGUUUUUGGUAACAAUGAUGUCAUGUCUGGGUCACUUCUAGUAGUGAGCAAACAGGUUGUUUUGCACAUUGACAGUUGUUCAUUUUCCUCUAUCUAUGGAACUUCCAGUGGUCCUGUUUUAAGGACUGAACGAGAGGCAUCUUUAAUAAAUAUACAGAGUUCUUACUUUAGUUGCAAUAGAGUAAACAGUAGUAUUCACCUGCCACCAAUACACAGCCACUCUUUAACCACUGUCAACUGCACCAACUGCACUAUUAAUCCACACUGUCCAGUUUACUGCACAGCUGGGUCAUUUGUACUGGAAGGUGUGAUGUGUUCUCCUUGUCCAAAAGGGGCGUACAGCACAGAAAGAGUGCAAAAUAUCACAACCAUCACUUGUAAAAGGUGCAGUCCAGGGUAUUAUAGCUCUUCUCUUGGUAGCAAAACAUGCUAUCCUUGUGCAAAAGGAACCUUUUCUUCCAAAUCAGGGUCUACCCAGUGCUCCCCUUGUAAAAAUGAUUUCAUGACAUCAGGUGAAGGAGAAUCAUCCUGCUCUAGAAUGACCAUUGGGUGUAUCGUACUGACAGUAUUUGUGAUCCUCCUAAUUCUGAUCCCUCUCCUCCUUCUGGCUGGGAAACAUCUUAGCACCACCACAAAGAGAAUUGGUCUAGGAACUAAGCCAAAAGACUUCAAAAUUCUUCAUGAAGAUGUAACAGGUUCAGUUCAAUAGUUACAAUAAUCUGGUGUGUACCUAGUGUAGAUAGGAUAGCUGAUUCAGUGUGGCAGGGAAGUCAAGUGGUAAGGAAACAAAUCAGGUAUGACAGUAGAAAUAAUAUUAUGGUCGUGUAUCACCAUCAUCAUCAUCAUCAUCUGUGUCUAAAAGACGUCAUUAGCCAUCAUCAAUGACAUCAUCGUGUUCUGCAUCACCAUCACUAUCACCAUCAUUACCAAUGCAAAAAAUAAGUUAUGACAGUAGAAAUAACAUUAUGACUAUGUAUCACUAUCAUCACCAGCGGCAUCAUUAACCAUUAUCAACAUUGUGUUCUGCAUCAACACUAUCACCAUCAUUACCAAUGCAAAAAAUAAGUUAUGACAGUAGAAAUAACAUUAUGACUAUGUAUCACCAUCAUCACCAGCGGCAUCAAAGAGAUGUCGUUAACCAUUAUCAACAUUGUGUUCUGCAUCAACACUAUCACCAUCAUUACCAAUGCAAAAAAUAAGUUAUGUCAGUAGAAAUAACAUUAUGAAUAUGUAUCACCAUCAUCACCAGCGGCAUCAAAGAGAUGUCGUUAACCAUUAUCAACAUUGUGUUCUGCAUCACCAUCAUUACCAAUGCCAUUAACAUUACAUCUCAGGUAAGAAAUUGUUUGCAAAAACGUUUUCUGAAGGGACGUAAAAAUAAUUUAGGGAUGACAGCAGUCAAUAAAACAAUAUGUAUUUAAUUAAA